ACUGGCGGUAUCACUGGAAAAGAUAUGCUGGAUCAGCGCAGGUUAGUUGAUGCUGGAGUAGCGAAGAUACAAGUGGCAUAUUUGGUACUGGCUAUGAUGGGAGCAGUCUAUUGCAGUUGCAUGAUCCUAUCCAGGGAAAGGAGCUCCCAACUGCAGAAACAGGGUGCAGGUGGUGGGCUGGCCGCCCGUGGGCGUGUACAGGAAACCAGCGGGCGGUGGGCUGUACGUCAAGGUGAGCAUGGACGGUGGGCGCGUACCUGCGUGCGGUCGCUGGGGAGCAGCGGCGCGCGGUCACCGGGGAGCAGCAGCGCAAGGUCGCCGGGGAGCAGCGGCGACGGGAGCAGCGGCGCGCGAGUCGCCGGGGAGCAGCGGCGUGUGGGCGCCGCGGUCGCCGGGGAGCAGCGGCGUGCGGUCGCCGGGGAGCAGCGGCGCCGCGGUCGCCGGGGAGCAGCGGCGCGCGGUCGCCGGGGAGCAGCAGCGCGCGGUCGCCGGAUGCGAGGAACAGGACGGGAGGACCUGAUUGCAAAAGUUUUUAAAAUUUUAAGGGGCUUUCUGUAAAAUUGAAUUAAAAUGCCCGCCCGCCCAGUUUUUCGGGUCGGAG